UCUAAGAGCUAUUAUGGCUAUGUCUCUGAGCUUUGUCUUUGCUUUGGCUCUUCUUGCCAUGGCUUCUGGUGGUUUGUCUCAUAAGAUUGGCGGCGGAGGUGGCGGCGGGGGUGGUGGUGGUGGGUAUUAUUUGUAUUCACAAUUCUAUGACCAUUCUUGUCCAAGAGCUCAAGAGAUAGUGAAGUACAUAGUGGGUAAGGCUUUUGCUAAGGAUCCUCGCAUGGCUGCUUCCUUGCUUAGGCUUCAUUUCCAUGAUUGCUUUGUUAAGGGCUGUGAUGCCUCACUGUUGUUAGAUAGUAGCGGGACAAUAACGAGUGAAAAAAGAUCAAACCCAAACAGAGACUCCGCUCGAGGCUUUGAAGUCAUUGACGAGAUCAAAUUCGCCUUGGAAAAAGAGUGUCCUCGCACCGUUUCUUGUGCUGAUAUCUUAGCCAUUGCUGCUAGAGACUCGACCGUCAUAACAGGAGGACCCAGUUGGGAGGUUCCGUUAGGGCGAAGAGACUCAAGAGGAGCUAGCCUUAGUGGCUCAAACAAUGACAUUCCAGCUCCAAACAACACUUUCCAAACCAUUCUCACCAAGUUCAAGAGACAAGGCCUCAACAUAGUCGACCUUGUCGCUCUCUCAGGAAGUCACACCAUCGGGAACUCUCGAUGCACUAGCUUUAGACAACGGCUCUACAACCAAACCGGCAAUGCCAAGCCCGACCCGUCACUCGAUCCGUCGUAUGCAGCUGAAUUGCGUCAACGAUGCCCGAGAUCAGGGGGCGAUCAGAACCUGUUUUUCCUGGACUUAGUCAGCCCGACCAAGUUCGACAACUACUACUUCAAGAACCUUUUGGCUGGGAAGGGACUACUGAACUCGGAUGAAGUUCUGUUGACAAAGAACCAACAAUCCGCCGAGUUGGUGAAGACAUAUGCAGAGAAUUCGGAGACGUUUUUCGAGCAGUUUGCGAGGUCGAUGGUUAAGAUGGGGAACAUUUCUCCGCUCACGGGUUCGAGGGGGGAGAUCAGAAAGCAUUGUAGGAGAGUUAACAAAGAUUAGGAAGAUGAAGAUGAAGGUGUUUGAAUGUGUUUGUGUGUGAGAAGUUUGUUGUUUGUUGGUUUCUUUGUCAAAUUCUUCAAUGUUUUUAUGGUCUGUUUUUGAACUCAGAAGUUCAUGUAUUUGUGUGUUCCUUCCAUCAUUAACCUCUUUUAUCUCAUAAA